AAAAAAAAUGAAGAAGGGAAGGAAAGACUUUUAAAAAGGGAGCUGGGGGUGGGAGUGGUGGGAAAGUCAAGAGAAGUCAAGGCCUUUUUGUACUCAUUCUACUCUGUGCAGCAAUUCUUGCCACACCGCCCUGAUCGCCGCCAUGGACGGCUGCCAGUCCACUAAUGUGAAUGGUUCCGCCGCUGCAGUGAGAAAUUUUGCGGCCCCUUUUGUAGCCAAUGGGACUGCCGAGACAACUUCAGUGACCACGGAGCGCUUUUCAAGUCUGUCUCUUGGUGAUGAUGGAGGAGACUUCUCCGUUCAGCCUCAAGACAAACCAGAGAAAGACCCCAGAAAGAUUGCCAGAAAGUAUCAGUUGGAUCUUUGUCAGAAAGCCUUGGAGGAAAAUGUUAUUGUAUAUCUUGGAACAGGUUGUGGGAAAACCCAUAUUGCUACAUUGCUAAUCUAUGAGAUGGGUCACUUAAUAAAAAAGCCACAGAAAAGAAUUUGCAUAUUCCUUGCACCUACAGUGGCGUUGGUUCAACAGCAAGCUAAGGUCAUUGAAGACUCCAUAGACUUUAAAGUUGGAAUCUACUGUGGAAAUUCUAAGCGUUUAAGGAGUCAUCAGGAAUGGGAAAGAGAACUGGAAGAGCAUGAGAUCCUUGUUAUGACCCCUCAGAUUUUGUUACAUAAUUUGUCCCACUGCUUCAUCAAAAUUGAGCUGAUAGCACUUCUAAUAUUUGAUGAAUGUCAUUAUGCCCAAAUUGAAAGCAAUCAUCCUUAUGCUGAAAUUAUGAAGAUCUUCUAUAAAUCAAAUGUAGCAGAACUUCCCCGUAUAUUUGGCAUGACCGCAUCUCCAAUACUAGGGAAAGGUGCUUCUGUUGAUGGUCUUGAAACCUUACUACGUGCUAAAGUUUAUUCUGUUGAAGAUGUUGAUGAACUUGAGCAAUUUGUUGCUUCACCUAAGCUUAGGAUAUAUUAUUAUGAUCCUACUAUAAUUAGCUCUUCUUGUGCUCGUAUAAGCUACCAUGAGCAACUUGAGAUGAUAAAGCACCAGUGUGUGUCUGAUCUAACCCGGAAAACUGGUGAUCAUAAUACUCUUAGGAUUACCAAAAAGAUGCUACAGAGGCUGCAUGGUAAUAUCAUGUUUAGUUUGGAAAACCUUGGUCUUUGGGGAUCUUUACAGGCAAGUUGUAUCCUUUCGAAGGGUGAUCACUAUGAGCAAAAUGAAGGGACAGAUGCAGAAGAGAGUUCUGCCGAUAACUCCUUAUGUGACAGAUACUUAACUGAAGCUUACUCUGUUCUUGCUUCUGCCUGUAGGAAAGAUGAUGUCGCACCUGAUUUAUCCCUGGUGGAGUUCCUGAAGGAGCCCUUUUUUUCAAGAAAGCUCUUACGACUUAUUGGAAUUCUUCGCACCUUCAGGUUACAGCCAAACAUGAAAUGCAUAGUGUUUGUCAACAGGAUUGUGACUGCCCGGUCCUUGUCAUAUAUACUUAAGAACCUUAAAUUCUUGUCUUCUUGGAAGUGUCAUUUCCUUAUAGGAGUCCACUCUGGACUGAAAAGUAUGUCUCGAAAGACUACAAAUGCUAUUCUUGAGAAGUUUCGAUCUGGUGAGCUUAAUUUAUUAAUUGCAACUAAGGUGGGUGAGGAAGGACUUGAUAUACAGACUUGCUGCCUUGUAAUAAGGUUCGAUCUUCCAGAAACUGUGGCCAGUUUCAUACAAUCUCGAGGUCGUGCAAGAAUGCCGGAGUCCGAAUAUGCCUUUUUGGUCAACAGUGGCAAUGAAAAGGAGAUAAACUUGAUAAAACAUUUUGUAAAAGAUGAACUCAAGAUGCAUCAAGACAUUUCGUCAAGGAAAUCUCAAGUAACAAUGACUGAUUUUGAAGAAAAAACAUAUCAGGUGGAUUUGACCGGUGCCACUAUCAGUUCAGCAUCUAGUAUAUCGUUGCUUCAUCACUACUGUUCAAAGCUUCCACAUGAUGAAUAUUUCAACCCAAGACCACAGUUCUUCUAUUUGGAUGAGGCAGAUGGAAUGGUUUGCCUUAUAAUUCUACCAUCAAAUGCUCCAAUCCACGAGAUUGUGAGUGCUUCACAAGUUUCAUUCGAAGCAGCUAAAAAAGAUGCAUGUUUGAAAGCAUGCAAGACUCUGCACGAAGUCGGAGCUCUAACUGACUAUCUCCUGCCAGAACAAGAUAGUGGCAGUGAGGAAACAGACGAUAAUUUCUCUGAUACAGAGAACUGUGAUGAUGAUGAUUUGCGGAGAGAACUGCAUGAGAUGCUGAUUCCUGCAGCCCUUAAAGAAACCUGGACUGAGCUGAAAAAUUCUGUUUCCCUUUGCACUUACCAUUUUAAGUUUUGUCCUAAUCCCAUAGAUAGACUUUACAGGGAGUUUGCUCUUUUUGUCAAAUCACCUCUGCCAAAAGAGGCUGAGAAAAUGAAACUUGAUCUUCAUUUGGAUCGUGGUAGAUCUGUCUUGACUGAGCUUGUUCCAUAUGGAGUAGUAAAAUUCACUAAAGAUGAGCUGGUGCAAGCAGAGAAAUUCCAAAGAAUGUUCCUCAAGGUGAUUCUCGAUCGAUCAGAGUUUACUUCUGAAUUUGUAUCACUGGAAAAUAAAACUGGCGAUCCAAUCUCGUCAACAUCUUACCUGUUACUUCCUAUACUUCUUAACAAUAACAACAAGGUUUCUGUGGAUUGGAAACUUGUUGAGAAAUGUUUAUCCUCAUCAAUCUUUGGUGCUCCAAAAUGUGCUGGACAUGAUGAAAGUUCUCAGGACAAAAGACAGUUGCAUCUUGCAAAAGGAAUCAAGAGUGCAGAGGAAGUUGUAAACAGUUUGGUAUAUGUACCGUGCAAGGACACAUUCUUUUUUGUUUCUGACAUUGUUUAUUACAAGAAUGGAUAUAGCUCAAUCAAGGAUUCCAAGAAUCAUCUAGACCUCUACAUGGAAAAGUUUAGCAUUCAGCUUUGUUAUCCUCAUCAACCACUUUUGAAAGCAAAACAAGUAUUCUGCUUGGACAACUUACUGCGGAAGAAAGGGUAUUCAGAAGUACGUGAGAAAGAGGAGCACUUCAUUGAGUUACCUCCUGAGAUUUGCCAGUUGAAGAUAGUUGGGUUUUCAAAAGAUAUUGGGAGUUCAUUGUCAUUGUUACCUUCAAUUAUGCACCGUCUGGAAAGCUUGCUUGUGGCAAUUGAGCUGAAGAACAAAUUAUCUGCUUCAUUUCCCCAAGGAGCAGAAGUUACUGUUCAGCGUGUUCUUGAAGCUCUUACAACAGAGAAGUGCAGUGAGCACUUUUCUCUUGAAAGGCUGGAGGUGCUUGGUGAUGCAUUCCUCAAGUUUGCAGUUGGUAGACGUCUAUUUCUUUUGCACAACUCCCUAGAUGAAGGACAGCUGACAAAAAAGCGGUCUAACAUUGUCAACAAUUCCAAUUUACUCAACCUGGCUAUGAGAAAGAAUUUGCAGGUAUAUAUACGUGAUCAAUCAUUUGAACCCAACCAAUUCUUCGCUGUGGGUCGUCCUUGUCCUGUAAUUUGCAGCAAGCAAACAGAAAAUGCAAUACACUCUCAUGCAAGUUCGGUGAAUGAUGUAAAUACUGAGGUUCGAUGCAGCAAAUGUCAUCAUUGGUUGUACAAGAAAACCAUUGCUGAUGUGGUUGAGGCUCUUAUUGGUGCAUUUUUAGUUGAUUCUGGCUUUGGAGGAGCAACUGCUUUCCUCAAGUGGAUUGGCAUACAAAUUGAUUUUGAAGAGUCACAACUUCUUAAAAUCUUCAAUGAAAGCAAAAACUUUCUCCCUUUAGCCAAUCAGAUAAAUAUAACUGCCCUUGAGAAUCUACUAGGGUAUAAGUUUAGGCAUAAAGGUUUGCUCAUUCAGGCAUUUGUCCACCCUUCCUACAACAACCACUUGGGAGGUUGCUACCAAAGACUUGAGUUUCUUGGAGAUGCCAUGUUGGAUUAUCUGAUUACAUCCUAUUUAUACUCAGUGUAUCCCAAAUUGAAGCCUGGUCAACUGACAGAUUUGAGAUCUGCAUCUGUGAAUAAUACUUCAUUUGCUGACAUUGCUAUUCAUUGCUCCUUCCAUGAAUUUAUCAUUUGUGAUUCUAGUGCACUCUCCAAGUCUAUGGAGCAAUAUGUCAGCUUCACACAAACAACAGAAAGAGGACAGAUUGACGAGCCAACUUGUCCAAAGUCUCCACACUUGACCUCACUCUGGAUCACCGUAUUCUUUCAGGCCCUGGGUGACUUGGUUGAGUCUUGCAUGGGUGCCAUUCUUCUUGACACAGGGUUCGACUUAAAUUGUGUCUGGAAGAUAAUGCUUUCCUUGUUAAACCCUACUAUGAGCUCUUCCAAGUUGUGGAUUAAUCCUAUUAGGGAUCUUCAGGAACUUUGCCAGUGUCAUGGCAUGGAUUUGCAGUUUUCAGCGUCAAGGAAGAGUGGAAUAUAUACUGUUCAAUCAAAAGUGACUUCAGGAGAUUUGAUUAUGAAUGAUUCUGCAACUAACAUCAGCAAAAAGGCUGCCAAAAGAAUGGCUGCAAAACAACUAUAUUCACGUUUAAAGGCUGGUGGUUACACUGCCAAGUCGAAGUCAUUAGACGAAGUGCUAAAAGAAACUGAAAAGAUGGAAGCCCAAUUGAUUGGAUUUGAUGAGAAGCCUUCGGUUGUUAAUGCUAAAUUUGACGACUUCAGGGUGCAAGAAGAAGCUUCUGAAACUGAAAAUGGCUUGAAGGUGUAUCCCCUGAAUGAAGAUCCUGGAAACGACUAUAACUCAAGCCACAAGCACACAAGGCAGAUUGUGGCUCCAUACAAUGCUUCGCGAUGGCGGCCUACAGGGGCCACUAAAAGUCUAAUAUGCAAUCCUGAUUCACGGGAAGCAGGUGGUAUGAGUACUGGAUCACCCAAGUCACGCUUGUAUGAAAUUUGUGCCACCAACUAUUGGGGAUCGCCUAUAUUUGAAUGCUUGAAGGAGAAUGGGCCGAGCCACCUGAAAGAAUACACGUUCAAGGUGGUGGUGGAAAUUGAUGACGCCUUGAAUCAAGUACUGGAAUGUUGUGGGGUGCCCCGGCCAAGAAAGAAGGAUGCUGAACAGAGCGCUGCUGAAGGGGCGCUCUGGUGCUUGAAGCAUGAACGUUAUCUAUGGCACCAGAACUGAGGGCCCAAGGACCUAAAAUAUUCAUUUUGUGAUUUGUUCCCACGAUUGUACAUGAAACUGUUAGUACGAGGCAUACAUUUCCGUAGUUACAGAUAUGUUACAUUUCCUUUUGUAUCUCUAUAUAUACAUGUAAAAUCAGGUGCAAGGGGGGAAAAAAAAUUAAACAUACUGCUUCAUUCAUUAAUUUACCAAGUAAAUUUUACUCCAA